AUGAAGAGUAGUGGAGCAACAGACGAAAGGAUAAUUAUUUUGAAUAAUCCAGUAAAUCCCACGGUUACAAUUCGCAAUCGUCACUCUGGAAACGAAAUCAUUUCAUCACAUUAUACUUGGUGGAAUUUUUUAUUUUUGAACUUAUUUGAACAAGUGCAUAAUACAGCAACUUUCUUUUUCAUUGGAAUCUCCGUGCUGUACUUUUAUGGUGAAACACCUUUAUCGCCUCUUGUGACGAUUGGACCGUUAAUUUUCGUCAUGGCUAUUUCCAUGCUGAAGGACGGGAUUGACGACAUAAAAAGGCAUAAAAAUGACCACAGAGUAAACAAUGUAACUUUCGAUGUUUGGACACACUCAUGGGGUGAAGAAUUCCCUCAAUGGAAACAGGUUAAAUCCAAAGCUAUUCAUACUGGGGAUAUCGUUAUCUGUCGCGAAGAUGAUGCCUUUCCCUGUGAUUUGAUUAUCCUUUCCUCUAGCGAUGCUAGUGGCGCAGCUUAUAUUACCACGGGGAAUCUAGAUGGAGAGACCUCUGUGAAGACCAUGCACUCACUUCCGGCAACACAUUCUCCAUUUGGAUCCUUGAUGUAUACCAAAUCAGACUCUUUUGAAACAAUGAAUUUUCUACCUGCUAAUAUAAUUUGUCAAAGCCCUAACUGUGAUUUGCAUGCUUUUGAAGGGCGCUUUGAAUGCAGCAGUUCUUCUGUUGCUCUUGGACUCGAAAAUUUGGCCAUGCGUGGUGCUAUUCUACGCCAAACCGAGUUUAUUAUAGGAGUCGCCGUUUAUACAGGUCGUGACACAAAAUUGUCACUUAAUGCAAAAUCUGGGAAACGAAAAACAUCGUCUACAGCUGGCCGUUUUAAUGCGAUUAUGUUGGGCUUUAUGAUAACUUUAUUUUUGCUGACGCUUGUUUUUACCAUAUUGCAAUUCGUUUGGCGAGCAACACCUGUCGGGUCUGGCUGGUAUCUUAAUUAUCUUCCGAUAACUGCAUGGAAAGUUGUACAGGAGGCCUUCAAUCUUACAUUUUUGCUAAAUUAUCUAAUCCCUAUUUCGAUAAUGUUAACUCUGGAUGUCUUGGAUAUAUUUCUUGCCCUGUAUAUAUCCAAAGACAUUAAGCUCUAUGACGAGUCAACCAACAUUAAAAGUGAAGUAAAUGCAACAAGCUUGGCCUAUGAGCUGGGACAGAUCGAGUUUCUAUUUAGCGACAAAACGGGAACCCUUACUCAGAACAAAAUGCAGUUUAGAGCUUUUGCGCUCCCUGGUGACCCAGAUACCUACAUUCUAAGACAAAACGGACUUUAUUCUCUGAAACAGGGUACGGAAUUUUGGAAUCAAUUCAACGACCAUGCGGUCGGGCACGCUUGCACUGCAGAAGAACCGAAUGAAUACUUUUCUUCAUCCUCUGAAGAGGAAAAUUUAUAUGACAGCUUUGAUAACUUGGAACAAGAUAACUUGGAGCGUUUCUCGCCAUCAAAAAUGAAGAUUCUGUCAGAUAAAACGUUACAGUUUUGUACAGCGGCUGCCUUAUGUCACACUGUUGAAGUACGUUCAACUUCUGGAGCCUGGGGUGAAAACCCACCGAACUAUUGUGCCGCUUCCCCUGAUGAAAAGGCUUUGGUGGAAGCGUCAUCAAAGUGCGGUGUCAUCUAUCUCGGAAAGGAUGUCAGUCAUCCGAAGUUCAUCGACGAAAGGAAUGUUCAUGUCGUAAAAUUUUGUAAUAUUUUACCAGAUUCUUCAAAAUCUUCCGAUGUGGGUUGGACUACGAAGCAGUUUAAGCGCGAUGCAAUUAUUGACUUCGACUCAGAGCGAAAACGGAUGACGGUUCUCAUGCGUCACGAGGAUGGCCAAUGUGUCAUUUUCACCAAAGGCGCGGAAAUUGUUAUGCUCAAUCCAAAACUCUGUAGUCAAACAUCACCCGAAAUGCGCGAUGACGCAAUGCAAAAAGUGACUGAUUUCGCCUCCGCAGGUCUCCGAACUCUUGUUUUUGCCAUGCGAGAGGUCAACUCAGAGGAAUAUCUCAACCUUCUCGCUGAACUUAAUCGCGCUCAGGGUGUGGUGGGCGAUAAACGUCUUCUGGAUUUAACGAAAGUUUACUCUAAAAUCGAAUGCAACAUGACCCUGAUUGGAGUCACUGCUGUUGAGGAUAAAUUGCAACCAGGAGUCAGGCACUGCUUGCGGAGCCUUCGAGCUGCUGGUAUACAGGUGAGUAACUUCUAA